AUAAUAACUAACAAAAAAAACAUGUGAAUUUUUAAGAGAAUAGCAUUUAGGACUUGAUUGACGCAUAUUUUAUUAAAUUUUAUUGGUACAAUGUUAGAAAUUGAAAUUCAGCUUUAAAUAUAUAGUGAAGUAGUCAAUGACGAUGAAGAACCUCCUCUUCUUACUGAUGGAUUCAUGUUAAUGAUUGGUGUUUUGUUCCAUUGUAGCUAGAUGCCUCUUUUCACGAUCGAGGAAGAUCGAUGAUUGAUCAUAUGGAGACAGACUUCUUCGAAAUGUACAUAUGUUAUUGCAUACAUUAUCUAUGUUAGAUGUUGUUCAAAAUUUACCAUAAGGUUGACAUUCGGUUGUUAAAGCUGCAUCUUGAUAUGCGGUCGGUGAUCGCUGGUUGAAUACUAAAUAUGGUGUAUAGACCAAGAAAAGCUCAACAGUGAAUUGUACAUAUAUGUUCAUGCUUGUGGUCGUUGUGGACCUUCGAAAACUUGAAGACCUAUAUAUAUCAAACGUACAAAGUUGCAUUUUUAGGGAUCAAACGUACAAAGUUGUCUUUUUAGAGAAGAUAAUUUGAUGUUAUUAUGUGGAAAAGAUGGCAGGACCAAUUAUAUGUAUGAACGUUCUACAAAUUGCAGGAUAUAUGUUUGAGAUGAUUGGUAUUUAAUUGAAUGGUUGUGCAGGUCCAUCAUAUGUCACAUGUGAUGUUGGGCGCUGGUUGUCAAUCUUUGGGCAUUGAUCUUUUGACCAUGAAGGUUGUGACACCAUGUUUAAUAAUGAAUUAUAUACAACUUAUUUUGUAAUACAGGAACGAGAUAAAGAUUUAAUAUGGAUUUGUACUAUGCUAAUUAAAUUAUGAUAUAAAAAUACAAUCAAUGGACGACGGCUUAGUGUAUAAUAAUGGGUUUACAUACUCUAUACAAUCAAAUGAUGCUAUGAUCCUACUAGCUGUGCCUAGUAAGAUUCUCGAUCAAGUUCGGACCCAUCAAUUUCUUCGUACUCAAUUGAAAGUCAAUCCAUGAACUCAUAUCUUGUGAUUAUUAAUAUCGGAAUUCUAAGAAUUCGAACACAAACCCUUCUAUAAGUCAUCAACUCUAAUACCACAUUUGACAACAAUAUCAUUUUGAUAACUCAAAAGUAGUUAUGAAGCUCGAAUAUAAACUUCAUAAAAUUGUUCUUCAGAAAAUAAGUAAUGGACAAGAACAACUAAUAGACUUCCUAAAUUCACAAAGUCUAUAUCCAAGAGGAUAGAGCUAGUAAGGCUGAUCACCAACAUCAAAGAGGGCAAACAUUGCCAUUUUUUUUCAUGUAACAUAACACUGCAUGAAGGCCAUCAAUAUUGUUAUGGUUCAUAAGUUCGUUUUCGGGCCCAGUGGGCCGGGCCGACGGAUCAAACCAAAACUCCCAGUUAGAAUAACAUUGAGCUGAAAAGAUUGCAAACAAGCCCAAAGAUUGCAGGAACAACGCGUGUGUUUCCACUUUCCAGGGCGCGCCUUUCGUCCUCUUCUGGAACCUAACAUAGCCGAGCCGAGCCGAGCCCCUCAAAAUGUGAUUUUUUUUUCUUCUUUUGUCCCCGCAGACACCGCUUUCAAGAGAAACCCUAAUUAAACAAACGAACCAACCAAAAACAAACCAGUAGGUUUCUCGAUAGGACGACCCAGCUGCCAGAGACUACCACGUGUCCCAUCUCCCUUUCCCUUUUCGUCCCUCCGGUGCUGCCUGCCUAACACUUUCUCCUCUCCCAUUGGUCCAAAUGGAUUGCCUUGCUGGGCUCCACCUUCCGUUGCGCUUAGAUUAUUAGCAGUUAAUCAUCCAAAAAACCCAGAUAUAUUAUUUCCGUAAUUACCAAUUAACUACUGUCAAAAACUCCAGCUGGCAAUUUUGAUCCAAUAGGAAGAUCGAGUGUACAUUACAGGUAUUGAGAUAUUUCCUCCCGAAUGUUCUGGACAAGUGAACUUGGAGAUUUAUUUCCAUUUGAAAAAUAAAAUAUCUGGUUGCUAUCCAAGUGCAUUGUACGUUGUAUAUGAACAACAAAAGGGAUGUAGACAAUAAUAAUACAAAUAAGGUACCAGUUGGCUCGACGUGACCUGCCAAAUACAAAGUUAGAUAACGUAAAACUAGGUAUCAAUAAUGUUAUCCCACAUCAAAUCCUCAUACCAAACUAUAUAUAUUGUAUUAUUAUGAUUAUAUUUGGACAUUAUGUGAAUCACAUCUUUAGUUUUGUUGGAAACAAUAAUCUAGUUUUGGAGAUAAUGGGGGAUAAUGGAUAUAUAUACCUGAGAAAGGGUUUGACCAUGUCAAGGAUUUGGAUCUAUUAUAGAUUGGAGAGUGUGUAAAUCUUGAAAUUUAUGACACAAUAAUCAACUUGAAGGAAUACAUGGCAUUGGUUAUAUCAAUGUGUUUUGCUGUAAAAACAUGUAAAAUUAUCCAUUGCAAACCAACCCCUCGUGGGGCAUAUAUAUUAUUUGUGGUACAUAGAUAUUAAUCGAAGAGCGACUUUUUUCCGGAUUACAAAAUUAUUAUCACCAAGUUGGAGUAGACAAAUAGAGAACUAUAUAAAUUACAUAAAUCUAUGUUGUUGUAAAAACAAAUAAAACGAUCGAAAAAAUUCGUUCUGGUAUAUAAUUUGACGCAAACUGAUAUCAUGAGCUCCAGCUUCGCCAUUGCAACCAACCCCUUCCCCUUGUCGGAAAUACUCACGGCAAGGAAACAUACCUCAUCAAAAAGACCAUUCGUAGAAACUCAUAGUCAUAGGUCGACCACCAUAUACAUCAUCAACGGCUGUUCUUGUGUUUUCUAUCUUAAUUGGAAAGCUUGAAAUGUAAGUGAAACUGCUAAACUUACCUUGAUUGGCCAGAACAGGAGAUAUUAUUUACCUUUGAAGAUAUGGGUCGGGUCGGAUCGGGACAACGCAGCAUGGGAAAAAUCUGGCCUAUCACAGCCUAACAUUGUAUACCAAUAUUUGCCCUAGGACACGUGUUUACCUGAGGACACGUGUACCGUAUCGAUCCCUUCAUGUCUCCCACCCUCUCCCCUUAAUUAACGCCUCCACUGCUCCCUCAUCUCUCACAAAACCCCACCUCCGCCGGAGAAAGAAACGAUAGAAAGAGAGAAACAAACAAGCAUCAGAGAGAUGAACCGCGGUGGAGAAUCAUCAGCCAUGAUAAGCUGGUCCGCCAUGAACAGCCCUACCACCUGCAGAUCCGGCUUCAGAUCGGUGCAAGACGUCGGUCCGGCGAUCAUCAACCGGCUCAUGCUCCGGUUCCGACCCAUCGCCCCCAAACCCUCCCCCUCCUCCCCCGCCACGGAAAUACCCUCCGCCACAACAAACAGCUGCACGCCUAGAAAGAGACGGAAGUACGAUAGGGCUCGCAAGAGCAACAAUAACAAUGGAUCCCAUCCCAAAAGAAAGGACACCUCGUCAUCUUCAUCGUCAACAUCAUCGUCAUCACCGACACAUCCUCCUAAACCCUCAAACGACGUCGUAACGCUCCAGCUCCUCCCGGAGAACAACCUUCCACGCGCGGCACGUGAUCAGGCGCCGGCAAAGAAACAACGACGAGCAGCUCUAGAUGAUGAGUCGUGUCCUCCGUCUCGGUGCAACCUGGAUCUCGCCGUGUCCGCGUCAGCAGAUCUGGUGUCGUGUCGGCGGGAGAAGGUGGUGGAGGAGUCGCGGGUGACGGUGGAGUCGAGGGCGGAGAUCUCGUCCUCGGACUUAGCUUACUGCACGGGUCUGGAGGAAGUGAAGAUGCGUUUGAGUGUCGACACGUGUCCGGGGCUCGUAACUGACGGCUGCAACCGGGUGGUGUGGGUGAACGGCGCGUACAGGAGGAUGGUGGGGAUGAUGACGGCGGCCGCCGUGAGGGUGGUGAUGAAGGACGAUGAGGUGGCGGCGUGUUUUGGCCGGGAGAUUGGAGGAGGAGCGUACACGUGUUGGGUGAGGGUGAGAGGGGAGACGUGGAGGAAGGAGAUGGUGCCAUGUGACGUGUGGCGGCUGGAGAAUGGUGGGCUUGCAUGGAGGCUGGACGUUGAGUCUGCACUCACCCUUGGGCCGGGUUAAAAUGCGUAGUUAAAAGGGUUGGGGAAGUUUUUUCCCCAAAGGACACUAAUCGCUGUCCCAAAAGCAUACUUAAAGCAAGGAAAUUAGCUUUAUAUGCAUAUGGGAAGUAAUUAUCCUCCUUGAGAACAAGAGGCUGGGUUUUCGCGAUUUCGUAGUUGAUUUGUAACCCGGAGAUGGUAGGUUUGAUUUUCAAGGUAUACUUGUUUUGUUAUGCAGACUCUCUUCAUUAACAUGUAAAAAAUAAAUAAACCAGUCUUCGUUUCUUCUCAAUAGUGUAGUUAUAGGAGUCCAAGAGUUAUAUUGGGGAAUCUGGUCUACAUACCAAAAGCUAGACUGGUGGAAUUGUGCAUUAUAGAUAUGGUCCUAAAUCACGUUUGUGAUGUUGUCGAGACUAGCAAAUAUGUGUUUCCCGCCCGCAUUAUUGGAGGGUUCCCAUGUACUCUCAAGGCCUCUCGAUCAAAUCUGGAGAGGUUUAUUACUAUGUCAAUGAUAUAUAUCAGUAGCACAAAAUGUAUGUUUGCGUCCUAAAAAUUGCGGGCUAUAUAUAUGAUGUUUUAUCAUGCACUCAUAUAUACAUGUCGAUUGAGCGCUAUGAUUUCAUCUCGAGUCGAGUGGUUGACAAUUUUCACAAUGAGUAUUCUGGCAUUUAUUAAAUAAUCUUCUCUCGGGCAGCCGGCAGGUAGGUCACUUAAUGGACUUGAAAUGAUGUAUAUUUUUUUUUUGUCUCGUGUUUAAAUCUAUUGUUAAUAAUGGACUUAUCAACAAAUAGUGAUGCGAUUUGUUUCACAAUUGAGGUUCAUGACAUGGUGUUAAUAACUAGCUAGAACCCGAUAAUUUGAUUAUUGAGAAAUGACAAGGUUCUGUAAUGAAAUUCUUACAUAACUUCGAACUUUAUGAAUGUGUAUUUGCUCGUUGAAAUCAAACUUAUUUGAUCAAAUAUGGUUGAAUUCGCCAAUAUACUUAAGAAUUUUACAAUGUGUUUCUUCCGUCUUUAUUAAAUUUCACUGUAAAAUAGUAAAAAUUCCGAACGUAAAUAAAGUAUAUUCACAAGUGAAGUUCAAAAACUCAAUAGAAUCAAAGGUUUGCCGAUUUUACUAUCUAUGAUUCUCCAUCUCUUUCAAUUUACUUGAUCAUCAAAUAUUGAAGUAAUGAUUCGCGAGUAUUCAAAUACGAGAUUGUUGUUCUCGAUAUCAAUAACUUGAAUUAUUCUGGAAUGCUAAACUUAUAAACUUUGUUUUAUUUUUAGUUAAUGAUUAAUGGGUGACGCCAAAUGGCAAAUAGAACUCAUAGGCUUCCUAUUAUUUAUUGGGAAAAAAGGCUAUUUUUCAAGAGAAAAUAAUUUCGUGAAGGUCUAGGAGUAGUUUCAUAAAGCCUAUGUCCAGCGGGUACAGCUACUAAUGUUUAGUGGGCUCGUUAACAGGAAUAAAGCCCAACAUUGGCAGUCUGCCAACAUCGUGCGGGAAGCCCAUCAUUGUCAUUAGUGCUCCAAUCAGCCCAAAAGCCUAGUUAUCAUGCUCUGUAGUUGAGAUGAUAACAAAGGCCCAAAAGACCU